AUGAGUUCCUAUUUCGUGAAUCCUGCUUUCCCGGGAAGCUUGUCGAAUGGACAAGAGCCCUUUCUGGGGCAGAUCCCCCUCUAUCACCCCGCGGCUGGCUACGAGGCUCUAAGGCACUUCCCGGCUUCUUAUGGGGCCGGCAGCCUGCAGGAGAAGCCCUAUUCCUCCCCUAGCUUCUUCCAACAGUCCAGCCCCAACACGGUCAUCGCCUGCAACCGGGCAGCCUUUGAUUAUGGAGCCUCUUGCUUCUACUCGGACAAGGACCUGGGCGGUGCCUCCUCGCCCUCCGGCAAUGGCAAACCAAGGGCCAGCAACACCGGGGAUUAUUUGCCCUGCUUUGCCUCUGACCAGCAGUACAAGCCCGAAAACGGGGCAGCCAAGAUCUUAAACGAGGAAAACAGCGACCGGAAGUACACCAGCCCUGUUUACCCUUGGAUGCAAAGGAUGAAUUCGUGUGCUGGUACAGUGUAUGGAACGCAUGGGAGACGAGGCAGGCAAACCUACACCAGGUUCCAAACGCUAGAGUUAGAAAAAGAAUUCCAUUAUAACAGAUAUUUAACCAGAAGGCGUCGGAUUGAGAUUGCAAACGCUCUUUGCCUUACUGAACGACAGAUUAAAAUCUGGUUUCAAAACAGGCGAAUGAAAUGGAAAAAGGAAAGCAAAUUGAUCAAUUCCACCCAGCCUGGCGAAGAAGAAACAGAGGAAAAAUCAGGGGAGUAA